UAUUUAAAAACAAGAAUAGCCCACAUCUUUAUCCCAUGCACUUGUCUUCUUCACCUCCAACACUUGUUCCUUAGUGUUUUUCUCUUAUUCUUCUUAUUCAUAUGGUUUCCUUGCCUCUCUGUCCAUAUCUUGUCUCUCAAACAGUUACAGUUCUCUACUCUUUUUAAGCUCCCCACAACACACAACUCUCACAUAUUCAUUACAACAAUUCUCUCUGACAGCUUAUAAAUUACAAACUGUUUCCCAUUCUGGUCUAUCGUCUUAAAGCACAACGCUAGUUCUUGCCUUCUUAGUUCUCCUGAAAAUGUCAAGCCGAAGAUCACGUUCCUCGAGACAAUCAGGAGGUUCCAGAAUAACUGAUGAGCAGAUUGCCGAUCUCGUGUCAAAGUUACAACUGCUUAUCCCUGAAAGCCACACUAGGCGUUCCAACAAGUACCAAAUUUUUUUUAUAAAACAGGUUUCAGCUUCCAAAGUGUUGCAGGAGACAUGCAACUACAUAAGAAGUUUACACAGAGAAGUGGAAGACCUAAGUGAUCGAUUAUCAGUGCUUUUGGAAUCUACUGAGAGUGAUAGUGAUCAAGCUGCCAUUAUUAGAAGCUUACUUAUGUGACAAAAUUGCCAUUAUUGGAAGCUUACAUAAUUAUGAGAAAAUAAUUUCCAUCGCUAGCUCUAUUUUGUACGUUUCUUUAAUUUCCAUCUUGUUAUUUCUUCUGAAAAGUAGUAGUUAUAUAUAGUAAUUAAUUAGCAUUUGGCCGCUAGAAAAGUAGUAGUUAUGACUUACGCAACUCUGCUGCAAUUCACGCGUCUUUAACAUUUCAAGUAUAAUAAAGGAAUUGAGUGACAUUAUACAUGAAAAGUAG